AACUUGAAUUUCUUUUAAAUUAAGCUUACGUGCAAAUUAAUGGAGGAGGCACAGCAGAAGGCGUUGCGUGUCACUGAAUUAUACGUCACCGUCUCUUUCUUUACUUCUCUUCUCAACACAGGGAAAAUCCAGGCUUCAUUUCACCGGAGUGGGGGCCGACGCCGUCCAUCGGAGAAGACAUGUCUUACGAUUACCUUUUCAAGUACAUAAUCAUCGGAGACACAGGUGUGGGGAAAUCCUGCCUGCUCCUGCAAUUCACCGACAAGAGGUUCCAGCCGGUCCAUGAUUUAACCAUUGGAGUGGAGUUCGGUGCUCGGAUGGUCACCAUCGAUGGCAGGCCCAUCAAGCUUCAGAUUUGGGAUACCGCUGGGCAAGAAUCCUUCAGAUCAAUCACUAGAUCUUACUACAGAGGGGCAGCUGGGGCUCUUCUGGUCUACGACAUAACUAGGAGAGAGACAUUCAACCAUCUAGCAAGCUGGUUGGAGGAUGCUCGGCAACAUGCAAAUCCAAACAUGACAAUCAUGCUUGUAGGGAACAAGUGUGAUCUUGCUCACAGGAGGGCUGUUAGCAAAGAAGAAGGUGAACAGUUUGCAAAGGAAAAUGGGCUCUUGUUCUUGGAGGCAUCUGCCAGAACAGCUCAAAAUGUUGAGGAGGCCUUCAUAAAGACUGCUGCAAAGAUCCUCCAGAAUAUUCAGGAAGGUGUUUUUGAUGUAUCCAAUGAGUCUUCUGGCAUCAAGGUUGGAUAUGGACGUCCCCAAGGUCCAUCAGGUGCAAGGGAUGGAGCUGUUGCUCAAAGAGGUGGAUGUUGUGGUUAACUGAAACAAGAAGAGUCUCUAUAUGUGAUCCUUCAGUGCAAUUAAUUUCUAAUACUUUUUCAGUUUUCAUCCCUUCUAUGAAUACACACCAUUCGAAGUGCUGUGGAGCUUCUUGAGAAAGUUGACUGUAUAGAGCUACUCUUGUUUUGCCUUAGACUUUACUGAGAAUUUGUGGAAUUGUAUCUUCAAUUUCAGUUACAGGACAGGACCACAUUUGAGCCAAGGGCAUCCACCUUUUUAAUAGUUUUAUAAAUCAUCCAUCUUGCU